AUGCCAAAUGGGCAGAACAAAGUCUUGAUUCAGAAGAGAAGGCUGUUUAUCCAUUCGGUGAGUGAAGGUACAAUAAAUGGCUUGCUGGAUGACCUAUUAGAGAACAGAGUGAUUAGCCAGUAGAUGAACAAAGUGACAGAUUAAAAUGACACAGUCAUGGAUAAGGCUCGAAUCUUGAUUGACCUUGUUAUUAGGAAUGGAUGCUAG